AUGCGGGAAUUACUUCAAUCAGUUAGUGGUAAUUUUGACGAUCGAGAAGCAGAAAUAACUCGUUCUGCACAAAAAUUAACAACAACAAAGAGUGCGCAAUUGGUAUCAACACGACCAAAGAGUAGCACAAGUGUUUUGCAAAAAAUGGCUAUAGCUCUUGAUAAUUCUCGACGAUGUUAUCAUCAAAUAUCUUCUACAAUUGGUACCAAUAUUACUACUAAUACUGCUACCACCACUACCGCUAUUACUGAUGGUCAACAUUAUAGAAAUGGAGUUAGUAUCAGUGCUGAUGAUGAUCCUGAAGUGGUACAACGGUUAAGUUUUGUGAGCUCAUCAACUGGUUACAGUUCAGCUCGAAGUAGUUUGAGAAGUUCCGAAAUAAGCGAUGAUACUGUUCAUCCAAUUAAUGCUUCUGCUAGCAAGAAAUUGCUAACACAGGAAUCAUCAUUAUCAGAAAUACGUCGUCUAAAAUUGUUAAACAGUGGUACACUAACACAAUUGGAUCGGAUUGCCAUGGAGUUAUUGGAAACGGAACGUUCUUAUGUUAAUGAUCUCAAUGACAUUAUACAGGGAUAUUUGAAUUUUUUGGUGGAUCAUCGGGAAGAAUUCGAAAUGACCGUAGACGAUAUUUCCAAUACAUUCGGUUGCAUUGAACGUAUCUUUUUGUUCAAUAAAAAAUUGUAUCACGAUUUGGAUGCUGCUCAAUUAAGCGUCGUUUCAAUGGCAAAAUGCUUAUCAGAUAACAUGGAUGGUUUCAAUGAUUAUGUUAUGUAUUGCACCAAAUAUCAAAUAAUGAUUGAAACACUGUCAGUGUUAUUGAAAAAUAAAAGAGUAGCAGAAACUUUAAGAGUUCGUCAAGCUAUCCUUGGACAUUCUCUUCCACUCAGUGCAUAUCUAUUGAAGCCAGUACAACGAGUACUCAAAUAUCACCUUUUUCUUGAAAAUAUCCUAAAAGCUUCAGUGGAUUCCAAAGCUCUAUCAGAUGGUGAUCGAGCUGUAAUUUUGCAAGCCCUUCAUUGCAUGACUUCACAAGCGGAGAAAAUAAACGAAGAGAAGAAACGUGUUGAGCAUCUGGAACGUGUACGUGAGCUUCAGAAUGCUCUCCAUAAGUGGUGUAUCGAUGAGAAAGAAGAUCUGUCGAAAUAUGGCGAUUUGCUUUUGGAAGCUACCUUUAAGCUAGCUGGUGCUAAAACUAAUCGACAAUUAUUUUUAUUCGAGGAAAUGUUGUUGAUUGUGAAAGAGCGAAAUGGUGCUUUGAUUUGUAAGGAUUAUAUUAUGUGUUCAAGCUUAAUGCUAAACGAAUCGAUAUCUACUGAUCCAUUGGCAUUUCAAGUUCUCUCCUAUGAUAAUCCAAAGAUUCAAUAUACAUUCCUCGCUUCCAGUAUGGAUCAGAAGCGGCAUUGGAUGAAGGAAUUAAAACGAAUGAUGUUAGAUCAUUACGCAAUUCAAAUACCGGAGAAAACUAAAAUGUUGAUGCUUAGUUUAAGCGAUGACUGUUCAAAAUCAAUUGGCUAUUCAAGCCAACAAAGUUUUGCGUUAAAUGUGAAAGGUAAUAAGAAAGUACCAAAGUAUCUUGAAAAGCGACGAAAAAGUAUUGAUGCUAAUCAAACAUUCCGUCGAUCAAAUGUUCGAAAACGAAGUUGUCCUGAUAGUAGGAAUAUUUUGAAAGCAUCAUCGACAGGAAAUCUUACUAAAGAAGUGGAGAUGUAUCAGGACGCUGAUGUUCCUCCGAAAACUACCGAUCAUUUUUGCAGUUUCAGUAACAUCAGCAAGCCAACUACAUCCACAUCCACGGAGAAUACCCAUGAAUCUGAAUGCGUUGAAUUAUCGAAACGUUCGAUAGCUUUUCAGAAUUUAUUUUCAAAAAAGAAAAAUAGUGAAACAAGCCGGAAAAAAUCAAACUGUGAGCGCAAAAAUAGUUUUGCCUCUCAUUUACCGCCAUCUAUUUUAAAGGAUAAUCGAACAAAAACAUCUUCGGACAGUGUACCAAAUACUGUUGAUAAACAAAAUUCACGGUGUCAAUGCUUGAUGACAAAUCCUAUUACAUCAAUUUAUCAAGCAUCUCACUCCAUUUGUCCUCAUCCGAGUUCAAGUUGUUGUGCGCAGAAACAUUUCGAUGAUACGAUGGAUAUUUUAUAUGGAGAAUUGCAAUUGUUAAUGAAGAAUGUGGAAAAUUUUAAUAAUACUGGUGAAGGCAACAGGCAAGAUGUUGAUAGGAGGAAUAUUGGGUCACAAAACGAAGUAACCAGCAGAGUUGAUGUCCCUGCUAAUGAAAGUAAAGAUAAAGAUGACAUACCGGAAGAAUUGAAGAUACGUUCUCAUUCACUGAGUAAAUCUGAUGAAGAAACCCUCUUCGGUGGGAAGUAUGAAAUGGUUAAUAAUUUUAAAAAAAAUAGUCUGCCGUUUGCUACUGAUUUAUCGAGAAAUUUGAUGAACAGAACUUCAGCAACGGAAUGCAAUGCUUCUUACAAUCCUAUACCAGAAUCAGAAGAUUGUGAUGAACCGACAAGUGUUGUUUCAUGGAUUGAAUCACCACAUAUUAGUGAAAAAUUUCGUGGAUCAGGCUCCUACCAUAACGUCCAUCAUCGGCGGCGCUCAUCACAAGUAGCAGAACAGGUAUGGAGAUUACGACAUAGACAAACACAGGACCAUAAGGAUAGUGAAAAUAACACUGAUAAGAAACUAUUGAUUCCCUCGUUAACAAUGACAGAAAUGUCACCCAAGGAUACAGUAACCAGGAUAUCAAAACCAUCUCAAUCAGCGAUAUCAAAUCAUAACGUUGAUAGAAUUGAUCAUCGAUCUUGUGUUGCCAGGCAACGCACUCCACUUACGGUAGAGCAAUGUGCGGAGCUUGAUGGUGAGUUGGAUACGAAUUUUGGAGCUGUGAAAAGAUGA